GCUCGCCCUGGCCGGGGCUCUGCUGUCGCCCCCCGCGGCCCGAGCGGUGAACCCAGGAAGCAAGUUAGCCCCCACCAUGCAGCCAGCUGGAAGAAGGGGCCGGGGGGGAGCUUAUGAAGUUGUCCGUGUUUCUCUCUUGAAUGGAGAUCUCUGGGACCCGAUGGAGAACGUCCACACAAAGAAUCAUCCAGAAGUGUUGAAUUUUCGAAUACAACUGGGAAGCAAAGAACUGAUCAUACAUCUGGAAAGAAACGAAGGUCUCAUCGCUAGCAGUUUCACAGAAACUCAUUAUCUGCAAGAUGGCACUGACGUCUCCCUCAGUCGAAAUCUCACGGGUCACUGCUACUACCACGGACAUGUGCAAGGACACUCUGGUUCCACCGCCAGCUUCAGCACUUGCUCUGGCCUCAGGGGACUUAUUACAUUUGAAAAUAGCACCUAUAUCUUGGAACCAGUGGAAAGUGAAAGAAACAAACACAAGCUCUUCCCAGUGGAGAAGCUGAAGGGCACCUGGGGGUCCUGCGGGUCCCAUCACAGCACGUCUGCGCUCCCUGCAGGGAACUGGCUCCCACCACCCUCCCAGAUGUGGCCAAGAAGGCAUAAAAGAGAAACCCUCAAGAUGACCAAGUACGUAGAGCUGGUUAUCGUAGCAGACAACCGGGAGUUUCAGAGGCAAGGAAAAGAUCUGGAAAAAGUUAAGCAGCGAUUAAUAGAGAUUGCUAAUCACGUUGACAAGUUUUACAGAUCCCUGAACAUUCGGAUAGUGCUGGUGGGUGUGGAGGUGUGGAAUGACAUCGACAAAUGCUCCAUAAGUCAGGACCCGUUCACAAGCCUCCAUGAAUUUCUGGAUUGGAGAAAGAUGAAGCUUCUACCUCGCAAAUCACAUGACAAUGCCCAGCUCAUCAGUGGGGUUUAUUUCCAAGGGACGACCAUUGGCAUGGCACCGAUCAUGAGCAUGUGUACCGCAGAGCAGUCGGGAGGAAUCGUCAUGGACCAUUCGGACAGCCCCCUUGGCGCCGCCGUGACCCUGGCACAUGAGCUGGGCCACAACUUCGGGAUGAACCACGACACGCUGGAGCGAGGCUGUGGUUGCAGCGUGGCUGCCGACAAAGGAGGCUGCAUCAUGAACCCCUCCACAGGGUUCCCGUUCCCCAUGGUGUUCAGCAGCUGUAGCAAGAAGGACCUGGAGGUCAGCCUGGAGAAGGGCGUGGGGAUGUGCCUCUUCAACCUGCCGGAAGUGAAGCAGUCUUUUGGGGGCCAGAAGUGUGGGAACGGCUAUGUGGAACAAGGGGAGGAGUGUGACUGCGGGGAGCCCGAGGGAUGUGUGAAUCUUUGCUGCAACGCCAGCACGUGCACCCUGAAGCCGGAUGCCGUGUGUGCCCACGGGCUGUGCUGCCGAGACUGCCAGCUCAAACCUGCGGGAACAGCGUGCAGGGACUCCAGCAACUCCUGCGACCUCCCAGAGUUCUGCACGGGGGCCAGCCCCCACUGCCCCGCCAACGUGUACCUGCACGAUGGGCACCCGUGUCAGGGGGUGGACGGCUACUGCUACAACGGCAUCUGUCAGACCCACGAGCAGCAGUGCAUCACGCUCUGGGGACCAGGUGCUAAACCUGCCCCCGGGAUCUGCUUUGAGAGAGUCAACUCUGCAGGUGACCCGUACGGCAACUGUGGCAAAGACUCCAAGAGUUCAUUUGCCAAAUGUGAGAUGAGAGAUGCUAAAUGUGGAAAAAUCCAGUGUCAAGGAGGUGCCAGCCGGCCCGUCAUUGGUACCAAUGCCGUCUCCAUAGAAACAAACAUCCCGCUGCGGGAAGGAGGUCGGAUUCUGUGCCGCGGGACCCACGUGUACUUGGGCGAUGACCUCCCGGACCCCGGGCUUGUGCUUGCCGGCACCAAGUGUGCAGAUGGAAAAAUUUGCCUCAAUCGUCGCUGUCAAAACACAAGUGUCUUCGGCGUUCAGGAGUGUGUGAAGCAGUGUCACCAAAGAGGGGUGUGUAACAACCGCAAGAACUGCCACUGCGAGGCCCACUGGGCGCCUCCGUUCUGUGACAAGUUUGGCUUCGGGGGAAGCACAGACAGCGGCCCCGUCCGGCGAGCAGAUAACCACGGUUUAACCAUAGGAAUUCUGGUGGCCAUCCUCUGUCUUCUUGCUGCUGGAUUUGUAGUUUAUCUGAAAAGGAAGACAUUAAUUCACCUGCUGUUUACAGAUAAAAAAACCACCAUUGAGAAGCUAAGGUGUGUGCGCUCUUCACGGCCGUCUCGCGGCUCCCACCCUGGUCAGGCUCACCUCGGCCCCCUCAGCAAAGGCCUGAUGAGGAAGCUGCCACAUUCCAGCAUGUCAAAGGGCAAUACCAGGAGAUGGUCCCCGUGUCAGAACGUGCACAUCAGCGGGCCCCUCCAAGCCCACGACGCCCCUCCGCCCAGUUCUCCUCAGCGAGUGCUCCCGCCCCUCCAGAAGGCACCUCGUGCACCCCUCGUCCCCGCCAGACCCCUGCCGGCCAGCCCUGCGCUCCGGCAGGCCCAGGGACCUCGCAAGCCAAACCCUCCUCAGAAGCCUCUGCCUGCAGAUCCUUUGAGCAGGACCAGCCGGCUCGCCAGUGCCUCAGCCAGGGCCCCAGGGCAGCAGGAGGCUGGGCUCCGCCUGGUGCCCCUCAGACCGGCUCCCAAGCACCCCCACCAAGCACCCAGGCCCCCCCACACCGCCUACACGAAGUGA